UUGUAUUUUGCAGAGAAAAUAAUUCUCAACUAUGGAAACAUUCGUAUCAAUAUUAUUCGAAACUUCUCCUUCUGUUUCGCUUGUGAUUGUGAACUGAUUUUCGACAGAUCAAGAUGGCUUGAAGCCGAUGUUAUACUCUUGACGGAUCGCUUGUAUCCCAAAGGUCCAAGACCACCAAAUCAACUAUGGUUCAUUUAUGUACAUGAAUCUCCCACAUACAUCAGAAUCGCUGAUGGAUUGGAAAAUAAAGUCAACUACACAAUCUCUUAUCGAACGGAUUCAACAAUUUAUGUACCGUAUCACAAUUAUAUCCCAUUUGUUGCUAGUCAUGGUCCAGAUACAAAAUACGUACUCCCUUCCCAUAACUAUGCCACUGGUAAAUCUAAAAUGGUAGCAUGGUUUGUAAGCAACUGUCAACCUAAAAAUCCGAGAAUGAUGUAUGUAAAAGAAUUAUCUCGUCAUAUUCAAGUGAGAACCCAUAUUAUAUAG